AUGGUCUGUUCCACACAGGACUCAAAGUCGUGGCGGCCGUUUCCUACGGAGGCGAUGGACCUCCUCUCCAUGGAUGGUACUCUAGCCCUACAGCGCCUUUGGCCGCCACUGGUUGAUGCGACUGCCCUCAGUGAACUUCUUGAAGAGCAAUUGAAGAACAGGGCUGCGAACUGGCGACGAAAUCAGCUCCUUCUGAGCGCCAGGCCGGGUUACGACGAGGUCUUCCUAGAAACAGCCACUCCCUGGGAUGACGCCCUCGGCCAAUUGCUCCUACCGAUGCUUUUUGAGUUUGAGAAUGACACCCAGAGUCAGGAGGUUGUUCGAAUUCCGGGUCGGCGAGAUUUCAGCUUUGUAUCGGCUGCGGUGAAGAAGUACGUGCCUGCUGGCUAUACCUUCAAGGCGUAUCCUAUUCAGUUGCUCCACUGCGAUGCAUCGAGGGCCCUGAUUAGUGCCUUGAAGUCUCCCAUCUGUCAGGAUAUUCUGACCUGCACAGGAGCAGAUUUGCGGCUAGCUGUUCGGGCGCAGGUUUUCGCCUACGCGGAGUCGGCUGUCGUCUCGUGGUGCAUCUUCGCCUGUGUUUACAAGUCCUAG